AUGGCUAGUGAAGAGAUAGAACAGUCGCAAUCGGGCGUUGAGGAAAUGGGUGUUGGUGGACCUGGUGCGCCGACACCAUUAUCAGCUCUAGAAGGUGUUGCCGGACUUACAAAGAGAGACAUACAAUUAAUUGUUGAAGGUGGAUACAAUACCGUUGAGUCUGUUGCAUAUACACCACGACGCAUACUCGAACAGAUCAAGGGUAUUUCUGAGCAGAAGGCGACUAAGAUCUUGACCGAAGCAUCAAAGCUUGUUCCUAUGGGCUUUACGACUGCUACUGAAAUGCAUCAGCGAAGAAGCGAGUUGAUAUCUAUCACCACUGGGUCUAAGCAGUUAGACACCUUAUUGGCUGGGGGAAUCGAAACCGGUUCAGUGACCGAGAUCUUUGGAGAAUUCCGUACAGGGAAAAGUCAAAUUUGCCAUACUUUAGCAGUCACUUGCCAGCUUCCUUUCGAUAUGGGAGGAGGUGAAGGGAAAUGCCUCUACAUCGAUACUGAAGGAACAUUCCGACCUGUUCGUCUUCUUGCUGUCGCCAAUCGCUAUGGUCUUUCAGGAGAAGAAGUCCUUGACAAUGUUGCUUAUGCUCGUGCAUACAACUCCGAUCAUCAGCUUCAGUUACUGAACCAAGCCUCAGCCAUGAUGUGCGAGACACGUUUCUCACUCCUCAUUGUUGACAGUGCUACUUCUCUCUAUAGAACGGAUUUCGUGGGGCGUGGUGAAUUAUCGUCCAGACAGACCCACCUAGCCAAGUUUAUGAGAACUCUCCAGCGCCUUGCUGACGAAUUCGGCAUCGCCGUGGUCAUCACAAAUCAAGUCGUUGCUCAGGUGGAUGGUGGCCCAAGUGCAAUGUUCAAUCCCGACCCGAAGAAACCAAUCGGAGGAAAUAUCAUCGCCCAUGCCAGUACUACCAGAUUGAGUCUCAAGAAGGGCAGAGGAGAGACUAGAAUCUGCAAGAUCUAUGACAGCCCAUGUCUUCCAGAAAGUGAUUGUUUGUUUGCCAUCAACGAGGAUGGUAUCGGUGACCCGAGCCCAAAGGAUUUGGAGAAGGAUCACUGA